AUGGAGGACCUCAAACAGAACAACCGGGAUAUCCUUAACGAUUCUGCAGAGGAAAUCAUAAUCACCGAUAAUGGAGACUGGACUAUUGAGGAGGAAACUCGGGCUAAGCGGAAGUUAGAUUUUAUGAUUAUGCCCAUCCUCACGCUCGGAUUCUUUUGCCUGCAACUUGACCGCGGCAAUAUGGCCAACGCCAUCACCGAUCAAUUCAUGGAGGAUGUCGGUAUCAACCAAGACCAGUUUAACGUUGGCCAGCAAAUGCUGUCCCUUGGUAUUGUCUUGACUGAGAUUCCCUCGAAUAUGAUCCUCUACCGCGUGGGCCCAGGAAAAUGGCUUACAAUGCAGCUGUUCCUCUUCGGAAUUGUCAGCACUUUCCAAGCCUUCCAACGCGGCUACGGUGCUUUCAUUGCAACUCGCCUCGUCCUCGGCAUAACCGAGUCUGGCUUUAUCCCAGGUGGUCUAUGGACUCUCUCCACUUGGUAUACUAGGGAUGAGACUGCCAAACGCGUCAUGGUCUUCUACUUUGGAAACCAGAUCGGCCAAGCGUCGGCGAAGCUGCUGGCGUACGGCAUACUGCACAUGCGAGGGGUUGGCGGGCAGCCUGGCUGGUUCUGGCUCUUCGCGUUAAUGGGCGCCUUCACUGUACUUUCUGGAUUCAUCUUUGGCUUCUUUCUGCUCGACUCGUUCAAAAACCCCCACAGCACCUUUCUACCAACAGUAUCCUGGUUCACCGAUCGGGAGCUGCACAUUUUGCAAACACGGGUCUUGCUCGAUGACCCAAACAAGGGUAAAAAGAAGCGUAGGAUUGGCUCUGGCGCCUUCAAAAGAGCGUUCUUGAACUGGCGCAUCUGGGUGCAUUUCCUGAUCACUCUAUGCAACAAUGGUCCCCAGCGCGCAUUCGACACGUACGCUCCGUCUAUCGUGACGAGCUUUGGCUUCGGAAGCCUGGUCAGCAACGCUAUGGCCGCUGUUGGGCUGUUUUUGCAGGUCCCCGUCUCGUUCGCAUUCAGUUGGGUGUCAGACCAUUACAAUCGUCGGGGAGAGACUGUUAUGUUAGGCUUCUUCUGCCAUCUUGUGGGCUACAUCUUCAAUCGCACCUUCACCGAUGUCUCGCUGCGCGGAGUCCGCUACUUCGGAGUCGUCUGGACACAGACGUUUGGGACAUUCUCCCAUCCACUAAACAUCGCGUGGUUAUCACUUGCAUGCGAUGAUUCAGAGCAGCGUGCGCUGGCUAUGGCCGGCGUCAUCAUGAAUGCCAAUAUUGCUGGUAUCUACGGCGCUCAGAUAUUCCGUGCAGACGACAAUCCCCUAUACCGCCGCGGUUUCAGUGUCGCUCUCGCAGUUCUCUCGGCUGGCCUUGUUCUCGCAAUUGUUCGGUUUAUCGACACCCUGAUCCAGCGACGCCGUCGGAGAGAAGCUGUCGCAGGCGAUCCAAAUACGGCGGGGCAUUCCAAUUAGUGUGCCCUACUUCACUGUAUGACAUCUGCACUUCUAACUAUGUCGGUACCAUUGCCUGGCUGUUUUAGGGAGUGUGGACCAGUCUAUUAGUGACGUCCGUGGCGCUGGGAUAUACAGAAGUAGCUGUGCGCGUCGGGACUUGCAAGUACACGGCAAGGCCGUACAAGCCAUGGUCUGGCAGGCGCUGUGGAUCGGCCUUCUAGAUUCGGAGAUCUCUUUGCCGGCUAUAAUUAGCAAACGACGACGAGAUUCAUGUAUAUGUGGCACGCUAAGCUCUCUGCCAAGGUGACGGUAAGACACCGUCUCCGCUUGUCGUCGGGCGCCAUGGAUUGUUCAAAUGUGGAUGAUAGAUGAUGCUUGAAUUCCUUAUCAGUCGUAAUACUCUCUAGGGCUUUUGCAGGCGUAUCCAAA